AUGUCGAAUGUCCAUGAAAAAUUCGUGGAUUUCACCCAGAAAGAGAUCCAAGGAUUUAUCAACACGUUCAAAGAAAUCGACACGGACGGGGAUGGCUUCGUCUCGCACUUCGAGCUCCAGCUCUUGAUGGAGAAGCUCGGCGAAGCGCGUACCUACAUCGCUCUGAAGAGCAUUGUCCGAAAGGUGGUGCAGGACGGAAAUGGAUUGAUUUCGCAAGGACAAUUCCUCCAAAUCUUCCGUCUGGCUGUCAGCGGAGAACUCGUCUGCUCGAGAGUCAUCAAGAAGCUCGCGCAAACCUUCGACGUCGCGAAGGAAGGUGUUCUGAAGGCGGCGAAGUUCUUCGAAGAGAAGGUAACUCGAAAUGCAUGAAACAUUCCUUACGAAAUCACUGUUACAGAUCGAAGAGCACAAGGCGGGCGUGUUGUUCGAGACGGAGUGUUCUGGCAAUCACUGGCACAACGACAAGUACGGGAAGGAGGAGAAGAUCGACGAGAAGGAGGAGAAGAAGAAGCAGGAGGAGAAGGAGAUGAGACGUGAGCAGUUCCUCGCCGCGAAGAAAGCCUUCGAGUGA